AUGGUUGGUGCUACAUAUUACUGUGGACAAACGGUUACUGAGGUUAGUUUUUUGUGGUGUGGGGGUAUGGAGAUCGUGUUAGUUGGUACUGCUGAUGAUCUUUAUCCCUCAGAUCAAAAUAGAGUUCUGAGAGGUAGCAAUGUUACCGGCAAUGGAAAAUCUUCUGUAGGUUCUGUUACACACUCUAAAUUGCAUUGUGACAUGGAGGCUCAAAUUCAUCAACUUGAACAGGAAGCUUACUCUGCUGUCUUGCGUGCUUUCAAAGCUCAGUCUGAUGCUCUUACAUGGGAGAAGGAAGGUUUGAUAACUGAGCUUAGAAAAGAGUUGAGGGUUUCAGAUGAUGAACACAGAGAGCUUCUUACCAGGGUUAACUCUGAUGAAAUAAUUCACCGCAUAAGGGAGUGGAGACAAACUGGCUGUUACCAACCUGCAAGGCGCAGCACUUCUCAGCCUGUUCAUGAUGUUUUACCUAGUCCAACUGUUUCAGCUUCCCGAAAAAAGCAGAAGACAUCCCAUUCGGGUCAGUCCUUGCCUGCUUUAUCUUCGGUCAAGUCUGUACAGUAUACUUCUGCUGGACCUACUGGAGGUAGGCAUUUUGCAAAUCGCAAUGCUAGUGCUCUUGCAUCCAAUGCACCUGCCGAAGCAGCAGCCUUUGAUCCAUUGAUUGGGAAGAAAGUUUGGACUAGAUGGCCUGAAGAUAACCACUUUUAUGAGGCUGUUGUAACUGAUUACAACCCUGCUGAUGGUCGGCAUGCUUUGGUUUAUGAUAUUAAUAAAGUACAUGAGACUUGGGAAUGGGUUGAUCUCAAAGAGAUCUCACCUGAGGAUAUAAGAUGGGAAGGUGAAGAACCAGGCAUAAUCCAUAGAGGUGGACAUAGCGGGCACGGUCGUGGAGUUAAGAGAUUUUUUGGCCAUGGUGGUGAUACUUUAGGCGCUGGAAGAGGGAGAGGUCAUCCCAGGCUUCAUACCAGACAAGAAUUUCACCCACCACAAAAUGGCAUUGGGAAGAGAGUUUUGGAUGACAUCGAGUUGCUGAACACGGAUUCUCUAGUUAAGGAGGUGGAAAGGAUUUUUGCUACAAGUGCUCCAGAUUCAAUGGAACUUGAGAAGGCAAAGCAAAUGCUGAAAGAGCAUGAGCAAGCACUUGUUGACGCCAUUGCAAGGAUUGCAGAUGCAUCUGAUGGUGAAAGUGAUGAAGAACAGCCGUUCUUGCAGCAUGGACAGUUAAUAGAAAGGGGAUAA